GUGACGACGGCACCCGGGGGACGCUGCCCACGCUCGAGUCGCUGCCUGCGUGGCAGGAGGACCCGCCGCAGCUGGACGGGGACAGCGAGGACGAGGCGGCGUACGAUACCGAUGACGAGUUCGACCACCCACGGGUGCACUACAAGGUCCGCUGCCAGGGAGACGAGUUCGACCACCCACGGGUGCACUACAAG